GGGAAGGAACAUGGGCUCAUAAGGCCGCUGCAAGAGGCCGUGGAAUUUGACGUUAUUAUUUGCCAUAGUAUACUAACCGAAUGAGUUCAGUCGAUCACUAAGAUAUGUGAGAAAAUUGCAUCUUGUUCUGUUUAUAUAUUUGCAUUUAACCACAAAUGGAAGCUGAUAAAACAGAACUGCGAUAAAAAUUGUGGUUAUGAAUGCAGUGUAUAGCACUUUGUUUGGUAAAAGUGGCUAGUUCCAAAGCAUAGUGAUUAUGGUUUUUUAUAUUUCAUUUGCAUUGAUUAAAAAAGUCUAUUUUGAUAUUUGACUUGAAGUUGUGAACUUAUGAAUAGCCAGAAAACGUUCAAUUGUUUUAUUCUUUCUAGUUGUACUGUUUAAACAUAUGCAUGAAUUAACCCACCAUUUUAUGCGAUUUCAAAUGCAUGCUUACAUAACUUGAAUUAUUUUAAACAGGAACGUGUUACAAUUCUAGCUGCGGUUGAAACGUAUUAUUAGUACUUUUGCAAAGAUAAAAAAAUAUUAUGUCAAUGUCAACGGUUCAAAACAGUUUUUUUACAAAGUAUACGGUUAUGGAGAAAAUAAUAAAUACACUUGCAGUGUUGGAUAAUUUUUCGUAUUUGCGCACUGAUUUUAUUUGUUGUAUGAUGUUAUGUUACGUCAUUAUGAUCCGCAGACACUCUUUUUAAAAGAGGCACGGAGAAAUGACGGAGAAAUUUUAAAGUGGCGACAAAAAUAAAUAAACUAUUGAAAUAUAUAUACAAAACAAUCCAAAUUUGCUUUAUUUCUCUACAUAUCGUUAGCAAAGUGACCUUUAACGUUACAAAACUCACUUUCAAAAUUUUGUGGCUUGUCCUUUGUUUUGAAAAGCCAUAGUCAAUCUCCCGGGUAUGUUUACCACCAGGAUUUCACGAGUAGAAGCUGAACUAGCAUCUCACGCUGCCUGUCCGACGUUCCAUAAGUCUGUUUUAUUCUUUGGAUGAUGCUUUUCAACCUAGACUUUCCCAAUCUUUAAUAGAAUUUCUAAAGGAUUUAAAUUAAAAGUCUGCGCUGGUCAAACUAAUAAUUUUAUAUUUUCGUUUAAAAAUCAUCUUCGUGUUUUCAAUGCUUUAAAAACACUAACUCACGCAAAAUAUUUUCGGCAUCAUCGACAAAGAUAUUUUUCCAGUUAUUUCUCCAUUCUUCUUUCAAAAAGAGUGUCUGCAGAUCUUAAUGACGUAACAUAACAUCACGAGCUUCGUAGCCGCAAGGUUACAGAGUCCGCUUUGACAAGCGAAUGGUGAUAGGUUCGAAUCUUAGUAGAACCAAACCAUUCGUUCGCAAAAAGGACUUUAGGUAUGGGUUUAUUCUCAGGCUCUUCCACACAAAAUCUUCUCUCCAGGUUUAAUAACCUCUCGUCUAAAGCUUCGAUAAUAUCAUAGACUAUAGCACGUUAUAUGCUUUUAGAGUGAUAGCUUACAGGAGGAAAUGAUAGAAUCGAUAAGGAAGAAAGUUGGUUACUAAAUCUGAAUGAGAAGACAAAAAGUACUAUAACUUCCCUUCAGACUUAAUAACCACUGAUCUAAAGCUUCGAUAAUAUCCUAGACUAUAGCACGUUAUAUGAUUUUAGAGUGAUAGCCUGCAGGAGGAUAUGAUAAGGUCGAUAAGGAAGGUAGUAGAUUACUAAGUCUGAAGGAGAAGACAAAAAGCACUAUAACACGGAGCAGGUUAUUUCUCAAUAAGUAGCACUGCAAAAUGGUAAAAAAAAAACAGAAAUGUGCAAACAGCAAAAACGUCCGGACAAUGCCACAAUAGAUCAAACAACUACUGGUCGCAGUGGGGUCCACAAAAAAAAAAAAAACAUCAUACAACAAUUAAAAUCACUGCGCAAAUACGAAAAAUCAUCCAACACAAGUGCAAGUGUAUUUAUUUUUUUCUCCAUGACUGUAUUUUCCGUAAAAUUUGAGUCAUAUGCUGAAUUAUUAUGGAAGAUAGUUUUUUUAUUUCAUUAUUUGUUUAACUUGCUGAAAACGGUGAAAAAAGCCUAAAUUUAGUUUUUUUUCUUAAUCUAUACAUGAUGUUUGAGUUAAAAAUCCGAAUAUAAUGAAAUUCAAUUGCGAACUAGUUUAAUCUAAAUAUCAAAUAAGGAUUAAAUUCAAUAACAGUGCAAUUGGACGGAAAAUAGAUGAAUGACAAGACAUGAAUCUAUUUGACUUGAAUUAAGGUUUAUAUACGUUUUUGACUAGAUGACACUUGACAUUUUCACAGGUAUUUGGACCAUUUUGACUACAGUGUUAAUUUUAUAGGAGCGUAUCAAUUCUAGUAUGUAGGUGGAAUCCUUAAAAAAUCGAUUCUCAAAAAUUCAAAUCUCUACUACAAUGUUGUCUAUUGACGAGUUGGGUAAAAUUGAUGUUCUAAACCAGGGAACAAUAUACAUUGAAACAAAUUACCGUCAGCCGGGGUGAGAUUGUGCCAGUGGAGUGAGAUUGAGCGGGAGGGGCGGUACGCCCCGGGUGUCACCCUCUAGGGUGUGACACCCGUGAGGAAAAUUUUCAAACGUGUCACCUUCAAAAGGGCGACAUCAGUGAUAUUAAUUAUCAAUUAGGUGGAGGCAGUGAAGGUCGAGGUGGAACCCUCGGAAAUUAUAUGAAUUUGUUCCCAAGAGUAUAAUCUCAACCAAUUUUUCAAAACUCUCACAAUUUUUGAUAACAAGAUGAUUUCACUGCAACCUGGUGGGAGUGACACCAAGAGGGUAAGGGGUGACACCCAAAGGAGAGGUGUACUUGCUAUGGCAAUACCAAAAAAUUACCAGUUAUGGCCUAAAUGUCUAAUGGACUAAAUGGAGUAGUGCCACUACUGGUACCAUAGCGCAUAUGCAAUCUAGCCAAAACUGGUGCACUUACCAUAACUUGCUCACCUAUCCUAGUCAUUUAUUGAAAAAUGACGCUUAAGAGCCAGUUCGCGGAGACCGCAACUAGGUCUUGUUUCGAGGUUCUCCGAUUGGACUGAAACUUCCAGGGUUUGUUUAUCUAUAUAAUAGAAUAAUGUUUUGCAUAAUGUCAGAUUUUUUUAAAAGGGGUAAGUGGGGUGAAAAAGCACGUCAAAAAUUGAUGUCUAAAAGUUGCUAAAAACGUAAAAUUGUUAUAACUUUGUGUAAACUGAAUCGAUUGUCAUGAAAAUUGGCAUGUUUAUUCUACGCUAUAAAGCAAACAAAAUGAGGGUUAUUGUAAGUUGUUAUCGAGAAUACAUGAUAAGAUAUUCGCAUUUUUCUAAAAAAAUAAGGUGAUUUUCACAGCAGUUUUCCUCUUGCCAACAGAUCUAGGAUUAAAAUCUAAAUAAUACGUUUUGUAGUGCAACUCAAGAGCUUUCAUUAGAUAUAUUCAAAAAAUGCGUUGUUAUGAAGAUGCCUGAGAAAAUCCAUUUUUUCUAUAACAUGUUAUUGACCAUCAUAUCGAACCCAUUGUGCGAGAAGCGAAACUCCGGUUUUGUGUCCUUGUUCUUUAUGCACUAAUGCAAAAGUUUGCAGAAAUUUAGGUUUGAAAUUUUGAAAUUUUUUUUCUAAUGGUAAUUUAAUUCUUUAAAGGGCACAUUAAAAAAAGGCUCAACAAAAAGUAUCGCGUGGCUUUGUUGCCAUUCGUUCAUUCUCUUGUUGGCUCCAAAAAUAACCUCUCAUUCCAUCGUGUAACUUCGAAUGUAAGCCAAGAGUAAUUAUUUUACGAUUUGAGCAGUUUCUAAAUAUAAGAUUUUGAAGAGCCUGUUUACCCCAUAAACCCCUUCUCCUUUCAAAUUUUGCAAACUAUUGUAUUAAUGCAUAAAUAAACAUAAGCUGAAAAUUAUAGCUCAAUGGAAGAACAAUGACACAAACUAGAGUUUCGCUUCUCGCACAAUGGGUUCGAAAUGAUGACCAAUAACAUGUUAUAGAAAAAAUGGAUUCUCUCAGGCAUCUUUAUAACGGCGCAUUUUUUUGAAUAUAUCUAAUGAAAGCUCUUGAGUUGCACUACAAAACGUAUUAGUAGGAUUUUAAUCCUAGAUCUGUUGGCAAGAGAAAAACUGCUGUGAAAAUCACCUUAUUUUUUUAGAAGAAUGCGAAUAUCUCAUCAUGUAUUCUCGAUACCAACUUACAAUAACCCUCAUUUUUUUGCCUUUAUAGAGUAGAAUAAACAUGCCAAUUUUCAUGACAAUCGAUUUAGUUUACACAAAGUUAUAACAAUUUUACGUUUUUAGCAACUUUUAGACAUCAAUUUUUGACGUGCUUUUUUACCCCACUUACCCCUUUUUAAAAAAUCUGACAUUAUGCAAAACAUUGUUCUAUUAUAUAGAUAAACAAACCACGAAAGUUUCAGUCCGAUCGGAGAACCUCGAUACAACCUCCCUUGUAAAGGUGGUUGCGGUUCUCGCGAACUGGCUCUUAAGUUGAAAUGAUCUAGAUAUUUGUGGAAAAUUUGAAUGUCCUCUAGUCGAAAACAUAUUACAUCGAAAUUAAAAGUGUUUUUUUUUAUAGGGGGGAAUGUUUGUAAUGAUUUAUUUAUGUACUAAUAUCUAUUCAGAAUUAAUAUUGUGUGUUCUGCCACAAAUGGUGACAUUUCAACACUAUUAUAUAUAUACAUCACUAUUAUAUAUCGUACAUCGAGUUACAGUUCAACAAAACGGACAUUAGCUGCAGCAUGGAUUGUUGUAGGUAUUCAAUCUUUUCUGGAGUUGGACUACCUAAAUCAAUACUGGCUGACUUUUCAGCACCAAACACGAAUGGUUUGUUACUGUUUGAAUUUGAAAUAUUACCUGUAAGGACACUGGCAUAUGAACAGCCUGGUGUUGCCUGAACAGGAUUUUUUGUCUGAAAUUUGUUAGCUGAAUUUAAAUUAUUACCUACAGACACACCUGCUAAUGAAAGUGCUGGUGAUGCCUGAACAGUAUUGAAUGUCUUUUGUAUACCCACAUUGACAACAGGUUGCUUAGAAUUCCUACGUUGUCUGGAAGCAAUAAUUUUUGACCUUACAGGACAAUUAAAGAAAUUAGAUUUGUGAUUUCCUCCACAAUUUACACAUUUGAAACUAUUAGUGGUCUCUUUCACGGGGCAGAUAUCUUUCGUGUGACCAGUGUCACCACAAAUCAUACAUUUUGCUGCCAUAUGGCAGUUUCGAGUUCCAUGACCAUAGGCUUGACAAUUCCGACAUUGAGUAAGAUUAUGAAUUUCUCCAUGUCUCUUGAAAUUUUCCCACUCUAUUCGCACGUUAAAUAAAACACGUGCUUUUUCCAAACAUUUCAAAUUAUUUACUUUGGUACGAUCAAAAUGAACUAAGUAAUUUUCCUGGUGUAUUCCAGUUUGAUUAAUUUUGGCAUUUGCCUUUCGUUUCAUCAAAAUUACUUGGUUGGGGGCACAACCAAGUGAUUCUGACAAACAAUCUUUGAUUUCCUCAAUAGUUUGGUCAUUUGAAAGACCUUUCAAAACAGCCUUAAACGGUCUCUCGUUUUUGGCAUCAAAAGAAUAAAAUUUAUACAUCUUUUCAGUCAAAUACUGUAAAAGAUGUUUAUGGCCAUCAAGAGAUUCGGCCAAAAUACGAAUUUCGCCUUUGCGGCCAAUUUAAAAAUUAACUUUCACACCCGACAGAAAUGAUGAAAGUUCUGAUCGAAAUGCUUUUAAAUUUGCUACAAAUACCACAAUAGGUGGAACUUUAACCUUCUUCAUAACGGCUUUAUGCUCAGUAUGAGAAGUUUGGAUUUCUUGAUCCCCAACGGAAGAAUAUAAUAUCAUACCUGUUAGUCGAAAUUUCAGUGUCACUUGGAGGAAAUGCCUCACGUUUCCUUGAAGCCGCAUCAAAGCGAGCUUUUUUAUUUUUUCCAGGCAUAACUGGAAAACUUCACUACACUUUCACUUCACUAUAGAAUUUAAGUAGAAAUAUCUCAAACCAAAUUUACUCACUAAACACUCGUUAACGUUAAACACAAAUUUAUUACUUUGCGUUUCAACAGGUAGUCUUUUAAAAAGAUUGCCUGUUGAAAGCGAAAAGCAAAAUUUUAAUAUCUCUCGGUAGUCAAGACUUAGCCUCGAGCUGUUGGUAAAAUGCGACCUUACAGUAGGACAGCUCAAGUCGAUCUGGAAAUUAAAAGUGUUUUUUCCAGCAUCUUCAAAACGAUUUCAGGAUCGUGUAACUACACACGGAGCAUCUCGAUUAGUGUUCGACAUCGGAACGAAAACGUUGGGUCCGCGUUCCGGUCCGGUCCGGUAAAAAAUCGGAACUAGGUCGUUCCGGUGCGAUUUGGGUCCGGUCCGGUUGGCUUCGUUCCGGUUCCGGUCCGGAGUCCGGUCCGAAGUCCGGGAACAAAAGUUGCCAGUUUUUUCGUGAGCGUUAUUUUAGUGAAAAAAAUAUCAUAAAGACUUUUAUGCAUGUUGGAAAGUGUUUGACUAAAUCAGAACAACACAAACUAAAUUUUGCAAUUUGUUUUUCUAUUUUUUUAUUAUAUUUUUUCUAAUUGAAAAAUUUGGAGUGUAGUAACAAAAAAGGCUGGCUCUACAAUUUUCAUAGUUUUGGAACAUUUAUUUGAGGCAAUAUUUUAGUAACAGUAGAAAAAAUAAUAAACAUGAAAAAUCAAUGGAUAUAUGAAUUUGACAUCACUCGACAUUUACUAAAAAAAUACCAACUGCGCAAAAAAACGGAAAUAGCAGAACCCACGGUUAAAACGACUAGAGUUCUCGAUUCCGAUACUAUGAAAAGGAUCGAUACAUUUGCGACCGAUACAGUACUCCUUUUUAUCAGAGAUUACACAAGACUCUCAAGAGAGCAAACAACACAUAUUCCGAUACUUCAUAGACCUUUGUGUGAUGGGAGACACGAAGCGAAAUGAGAUCAAAAGCUUUGAAAACAAUGUCACAAUAUAAUGAAAUCAACGUUCCACUGAUAGCAGAGAUUACAAAUGCCGAACUGAAGACUGCCGCGCUGAUAUCAGAAAAAUGUAGAUCGUUAAGCAUCGGUAGUCUGCCGAGUGCCGAUAGAGUUCUAUCGAAAAAAAAAAUUAAUGCUAUCUACCGGUGACUCUAUUUCUCAAUGUUCAAUUCUCAAACUGACUGAGCAUGAAUGCCGAUGACAUUCAAUUAGGCACAAACUCAGAACAAGUUGUGCGAGUCUACCAGUUAUUCACAGGGUGGCCAGCGAACCGGGAAAACCUGGAAAACCGAAAAAGCCGGGAAAAGCAUCACCUGACAUUCAAACUUUGAUUUGAGUUCAACAAUUAUACUUGAAAAUUUGCACGAUGAUACUAUUCAGCAUCGUUAGAAAAUAGAUUGAUGUUUAUUAUGCAAUACAGUUUGUGUUAUUUAUGCAUAUAGUUGAUUAGUAAUAAGAGUUUAAAGUUCAUUGUUUGUGGUAAAAACUGAUGUUUCUCCACCGGAAAUGGGUUAAGCUUAAAUCCACUUAAGAAAAUGUCUUGAGGCCAGAAAUUUCGGAACUUGAUUUUGAGAAAUUUAUGUUUUCAAAGACCAGAGGCAACGAAAAGAAUUUAAAAUUCAAUUUAAAAUUUAUGAAAUAAUAUUCUAGAGGCUUAAGAAUGCAGAGCCUGUCUUUGUUUUUUCUCAAAUUGCUUGCAUACUCCUCCAAAAUCAGAAAGCCAUAUUUUUCAUUUGAAAAAGUCAAAACUAUAAGGGCCAUAGCGAAAAUUAUUCGCUUAAAAUAAACCUGAAACAAUACCACGUAAGGAUAACAAUGGUAUCAAAUUAGUCCUUUAUAUAUUAUCGAGGCAAUAAUUGAGCCUCGAGAGAUCCUUAAGAAAGAAAAAAAAUAUUUUGAACGACAAAAAUACACACAAUUGUUUAUAAUUCAGCCAUGAAACGUUUACAGAAACUAGAAAGCGAUAAAGAAAUUCAAUUAUAUUAUAAAAGUAAUAAAUUCAUCUUUUUACUUUUCUCCUAGAAAGGUAUAGCAAUCACUGGAAAACCAAAGGUAUACAAGUGGUCCCAAUGGCUGAAUGUCAUAUACCACUCGACCCCUCUCGACGAACUGAGCAUUUUCUGUAUGUAUGUAUGUAUGUGUGUAUGUGUGUGUGUGUGUAUGUGCAACUUUUUUUUCUCACUCACUUUUCUCAGAGAUGGCUGGACCGGUUUUUAUAGAAUUAAUUGCAAAUGAAAGGUCUAGUUGCGCCAUAGGUUGCUAUUGAAUUUCAUUGUAAUCGGAUUUUUAGUUUAGAGGUUAUGUAUCAAAAUGUAAAAAUCACGAAACUUUAAUAUCUUAGAAACUACACAACCGAUUUCAAUCAAACUGGUUUUAAACGAUCGGGCUGUCUCCAAAACCCUUAGCUUUCAAAUUUCGUAAUGAUUGUAUAAAUGGUUCAAAAGUUAUGUAAAGAAAAGUUAUCCCGAGGUUGUUUAAUCUCACUCAUUUUUCUCAGAGAUGGCUGAACCGAUUUUCACAAAAUUAGUGUCAAAUGAAAGGUCUAGUUGCCCCAUACUCGACUCAGUUCGACGAGUCGAGCAUAUUCUGCAUGUAUGCAUGUAUAGAUGUAUAUGUUUGUGUGUGGGUGUGUGGGUGUGUACGUGUGUAUGUGCACCUUUUUUUUCGCACUCACUUUUCUCAAAGAUGGUCUGACCGAUUCUUUCUAUCUUGGUGUCGAAUGAAGUGUCUUUUUGCCGCUUAGGCCAAACUUUUAGUUUUGGCGCUGCGUCAGAAUGUUAAAAUCGCUCUUAUAUCUCAGAAGCUACGAACAUAGUUGAAUUAAAAUUAAUGGGCUUUUAAACCCUUAAACAAUGAAUUUUCUCCUAGAAAGGUAUAGCAAUCACUGCAAAAACUGAAGGUAUAAAUUUAGCUCAAAAAAGCAAAAAUUGUUUCUAAGUAGCAAUAAAAUUGUAUUGAAGUCUGAAAGAAACUAACUACAUCAGUUUAAAAUCAAUUUCAAAACUGAAUCUAGAAAAGUGUGUGAACACCAGAAAAUGGGUAAUAAUUAGGUUGAAAAAUGCAAAAAUUUAUUCUCAAACAAAUUUAAAAUUGCCAGAAACGGCUAUCAUUGCAGUUUCAGGCAAGGCGAAAAACUAUCUCAAUUCGGGGUCAAAAAAAUGUGCUCUAAUUAUUUUUUUUUUCUGAAAAAUAACUAGAAUGUUUCCUCUCAUUAACUAGAAAUGACUAUGAAAAAGUUAUCAGGAAACAAGAAAAAAAAUAUUAAAAAUUUUUUAAAGUCAAUUCAAUUAAAAUUUUUUAAGUCUAUCCAAUUUAAAAUUGAGCUUUCAAAGAGAAAAUGAUGCCAGAAAUGGGGAAUUUAGCGAGAAAUCAGUGGAAGUAAUCCUAGAAAAGAUUUCAAAUUCAAUUAAAAAAAAUCCACAUUCAUAUUUAACAUUCAAUUUAUAAUUAGUGGAAAAUAAAUUUUUGUGUUUUAUUUUCAAAUAAACACUUUUAAUAAGACCAAAAUCCGUAACAAAGCUUAAAAACAAUUGAUGAAAUUUCUCAAAGCUUGAAAUGAUAGAAAAUGGUUUCAAAGAUUUGUCGGUUCCGAAGGUUUAAAAAAGCAGAAACCAGCUCUACAAAACGCCGAAAACUUCAACCAGAGAGUGCAGAAAGUUACUAAUAUCGCUUUAGUUAAGCAGGUUGAUUAGACCAGUAGUUAAUUUAUGUAAGUCUAAAAUGACAGAAAAUUGUUCCAAAGAACGGUUCAAAAUAAAUUCAAAAUUUAUCUGAAAAUAUUUUGAAACAUGAAGCACAAAUUGAUUUUAAAUUAUAUCUUGAUUUUAGCUGAGUGAAAUAAUGAAAAUUUUGAGAGAAUGAUAUUCCUUUCAGUCUAUAAAUAACGCUUGCACAGCAGUGUGUGUAGUUAGGGAUGAGCAAUAGAAUAAGUCGGCAGUGGAAUGUGAUACGAUAUAGAUUGUGGAACAGUACCACCGUCCCCCGUAGUUUAAUUGGCCAAAACACCAUGCCGGAGACAGGGAGAUUGCGGGUUCAAGUCCCGUCGGGAUGCGGUAUAUUUUUCCAAAUCUGUAUCAUAUUUCCAGUUCGCUUAUUUUUCGCUCUCCCUGCUUCACAUACUGUCUGCUUAAUGAAAUGAGCAGGAGCAAAAUGCAAAAAAAUGGACGAUCAGUUUUUUUUUUAAAUUUUAUAAGAACAAUUAAAGCAUAUGUUACAGAUUGAAAAGGCGAGCAAGGCCAUAUGGGUUGACUUUUAAUAAAAGCAGUGAAGAAAAUCAAAAAGAAUGAACAACUUGCUGCAUUCUAUUACCUAAAUUGUAUAAAUUUUUUUUCACCGAAAAUGCCGGGGUCCGGAAAGCAUUACCCGGUCCGUUCCAAAGUCCGGAUGGCUCCGUUCCGGUCUGGCCCGGAAAAUAAUCGGACUUUAAAGGUUCCGGACCGAUCGGACUUCGAACCUGACCGUAUCGGACAUUUACCAAACCCUACCCGGUCCGAUGUCGAACACUAAUCUCGAUCUAAAAUUGUUGAAUAGGUCCAGCUCUUGUUACAUUUUGAGUAAAAAUUAUAACGCAAACAUACGAUACUCGAUCGCAUUUGAAGCUGCUAAAUGUUGGAUGCGAUAAAUCAGUCAGAAGCUACUAAAUGUUCGAUGCGAUAAAUCAGUCAGUCCGGUAGACGGCCUUGUUACGAAGCUGAUAAAAUACAAUUUCUGCAAUAUCUAAGCAAUGACCGCAUAUCUAAACACUGACUGAAGUGUAUCGACCGGCAACAAUGUAUCAUUAUCGAUGUUAGUUACAUCGAGUGAUUUUUCUCUCGUGAAUUAUACUAUGAUGCACAAAUUGCACAUUGCGGUUUUCAAAUCCCACGAAUGCACGUAAUUUUUAGGUUUACAGUAGAUCAUUGACAUUUCUAAAUGAAAGAACUUCCUAAUAUAAAAGCUUUAUCUGCAGCACUAGAGUUUAGUUCCAGAGUUGUCUGCAAUCUGUUAAUAGUUCAAGAUGUCUGAUUGGAGAACAGGCUUUCUGUGUCUUAUGACACGUCCAUACGAACCGCUUUUUUAUCCAAAGUAUGGAGGAGAAACGUUUAUGGUUUUACCAGAAAAUUAUUUAACGGACCGAUACCGACCACUAUCCGGAUUGAUUGGUGAACGCUUCGGGAAGUAUACUACUAAUCAUAUCGUCAUAAAACCCAUCGAUCUUCCCAAUUUAAGUUAUGCGGAAUCGAUUCCGCGACAUUGCACUUUUAAUUUUUUCGGUGCUGGACAGCGUAAAAUUGCUGGUAGAUUGAUAGAAGAUUUUAUGAAACAACCUGAUCCCGAGGCACUUCUCUCUGUGGCGUCGUACGCUAGGGACCGUUUGAACCCAACGUUAUUUCAAUAUGCUCUGUCAGUAGCAUUACAGCAUCGAAAAGAUACUGGGGGUAUUUAUAUGCCUUCAUUGCUGGAAAUGUUUCCAUUGCGAUUCGUAGAUCCAUUAGUAGUGCCACGACUGAAGGAAGAAGGUUUUGUUGUCAGCUCAUCGCAAAGGAUGUCUAUUGACAUACCAUUGAAUUAUACGGCUUCCGAUGGUCAACCGGAACAAAAACUGGCAUACUUUAGAGAGGAUAUUGGAGUGAAUCUACACCAUUGGCAUUGGCAUCUGGUUUACCCAGCUGAAGGUCCUUUUGAAAUUGUAAAUAAGGAUAGACGAGGGGAGUUAUUUUUCUAUAUGCAUCGACAAAUAGUUGCACGAUACAAUACAGAGAGAUUCUGUAAUUUUUUACCACCAACAGUACCACUCAGAAAUCUACGUGAACCUAUUCCAGAACCUUACUAUCCGAAAAUUUUAAAUAGCGCAACGAAUGUUACUUAUCCGGCGAGACAUAAAAAUAUGACGUUAACUCACAUGAGUAGGCCAGCGGAUGAUGCAGUAGCAACAGUUCUUGAAAUAGAGAGUUAUACCGGACGAUUUAUGGAAGCUGCAAAAAGUGGGGAAGUCGUUCUUCCAAAUGAAGAGCGCAUGAAACUGAAUGAAGUAACAGGAAUAGAUGUAUUAGCAAACUUAUUGGAAAAUUCCAUCUUGUCUGUAAACAUCCCCUAUUACGGCAAUAUUCACUCGACAAUUCAUGACUUGGUGGCGUUCAUCCACGAUCCCGAUGGGGAAUUCUUGGAAGGUCCAGGCGUAAUUGGAGACUUAGCAACCGCACUUCGCGAUCCCAUUUUUUAUCGCCUUCACUGGUUUGUGGAUGAUAUGUUCGAACUUUACAAACAAACGUUAGCUCCGUACAGCAAGAAUGAGCUGGGAUUUUCAGGUGUUACUGUGGAAAACGUUUCAGUACAAGUUACAAAUAGGAAAACGUCUGCUAAUCGAUUACUUACAUUUUGGCAACGUUUUCAAGUAGAUCUGGGCAUUGGAUUAGAUUUUGGACCAGAAGGCAAUGUUGUUGCGACAUUUACACAUCUUCAGCACGCUCCAUUCAUCUAUCGCAUCAAUGUUUCGAAUCAUUCCCAGAAGGUUCGUCGAGGAACCGUUAGAAUCUUUUUGGCCCCAAUUUUCGAUGGCGACAGUGAAAUGCUUUCUUUUGACCAACAACGCCGACACGUCAUUGAAUUGGACAAGUUUGCAGUAGACUUAAACCCAGGAACAAACAACAUUAUCCGUUCAUCGGAGGAAUCUAGCGUGACAAUACCGUUCGAAAGGACUUUUCGACGCCAAGACAUAGGAAUGAUGCCAGGAAACGAGCGUUUUAUAUUCUGCAAUUGUGGUUGGCCAGACCACAUGCUACUUCCAAAAGGAACUUCAAAAGGAACACCAUACGAGCUCAUCGUAAUGGUAUCGGAUUUCAUAGAGGACUCAGUGGUCGAAUUCGAUGAGCUUCAAGAUUGUAGCGAUUCGCAUUCUUAUUGUGGACUUAGAGAUCGACUCUAUCCUGAUCGCAGAGCAAUGGGUUAUCCGUUCGACAGGACUUUUAACACCGAUAUCGCACACAUCGAUGACCUCGUUCAACAAUUCAGCAAUAUCAAUAGAGCGGUUGUGGAAAUUCGCUUCACGAACACGGUAAUUUCUAGAACUUAAUUGUGAUAUAUUCGCACACGUUAUAAAUGAGAUAAUAAAUUUAUUGUGCAA